AUGUCAAUAAGCUCAGUCAAAGAUGAGAAGAAGAAAUUAUGGAAGGAAAUGAAUUUCAAAGAGAAAUGCAAGCAUAUAAGGAACAGCAUAACGAUAGAGCCAAUGCUGGCAUGUUACAUCAUGCCUAGUGUCCUUGCGGGCUUAGCCACACAGAAUCUCAAUUUGGAGAAAGCAUGUCGAGUGAAUUUGAAUUAUAGUGAUGUGAUUUGUGAUGCCUUAUCAAAUAGGGAAACAGCUAAUUAUACAGAAGAAGAGAGAGAAGUUCAGACGCUAGUGGCAGGGAUGCAGGGAUGGAAGACUGUGUUGCAGAGUUUAAUGCCGUGCUUGUUGAUUUUAUUUUGGGGAAGUUGGAGUGAUCGACAUGGAAGGAGAAAGCCUUGCAUGAUCAUCCCUAUUAUUGGCGAACUAGCAUCGGCAUUGGGAUUGAUUUUGAACACAUACUUUAGAGACUGGCCGAUGGAAGUUGCUGGAGUCACAGAAGCACUGUUUCCUGGACUUGCAGGUGGCUGGUUCACAAUGCUAAUGGGCGUAUUUAGCUACAUCGCGGACAUAACCACGGAAGAAGAACGAACAUUGAGAAUCGGAAUCGUUAACCUUUGCUUCUCCUUAGGCGUUCCAAUCGGUAUGGCUUUUAGUGGCAUAUUACUAAAACAAAUUGGAUUUUAUGGCAUAUUCUCAAUAUCUGCAUCAUUAUACGUCCUCGCUCUUAUUUAUGGCAUCUUUUUUGUCGAAGAACCGGCUAUGAAAAUAAAUGAAAAGGAUAAGCUUAAGGCAAAAGAAAAGGGAUUAUUAGCUGAUUUCUUUGAUAAGGAGCAUGUUAUUCAGACAUUUAGAGUUGCAUUUAAGAAAGGCGAGAAUCAGAGACGAUUACGCGUGACAAUGAUAUUAAUCGUCGUAAUGGUCGUUAUUGGACCGAUGCACGGUGAAAUGUCUGUUAUUUAUUUAUUCACAAGAUACAAAUUCAACUGGUCUGAAGUGGAAUUUAGUUUCUUUUCGACCUACGCGAUGCUUACGUCGCUCAUUGGAACCCUCUUCUCGGUCGGUGUCUUCUCACAUCUCCUUCAAAUUGAUGACGCAAUCAUUGGCGUUUUGUCGUCAAUGUCGAAAAUUAUUUCAAGUUUCGUGUAUGCAUUUGCAUCAACAACAUGGCAACUUUAUUUGGCUCCUAUUGCUGAGAUUCUGAAUGGAACUUCAUUCAUUGCUAUGCGAUCAAUUGCUUCAAAGCUUGUGCAGAGUGAUGAGUUGGGAAAGGUCAAUUCAUUAUUCGGAGUUGGUGAAGCAUUAACACCGUUACUUUACGCACCAAUGUACACUCAAGUUUAUCGAGCUACAAUCGAUGUACUGCCUGGAGCUUUCUUCUUACUCGGAGGUGCUUUAACAUUCCCUGCUGUUUUGAUUUUCUUGUGGAUGUACAAAAAGCACAAAGAAGAUGAUAGACGACGACAACUUCUCAACCGACCAGAAAACUUCAAUAAUAUUGAUGAUCCCGAGAGUAAUAAGGAACUGGAAGCACAUGUAGUAUCCAACAGAUUCGGAUCAACAAGAAGGAAUUCAACCUUUAAGCCUCGACAUAGUUUGGGGAUCAUCAACAACAGUUUCAUACAAGACGAUGAUAAAGUGAUUCAAGAAGCUGUAGACAUAAUCGGAGAUCUUCCAGCAUUGCACAUGGAGCACUGCAAACUGUGAUACAUUCAAAUAAUGAGUGAGAUGAUUAGUAUUUUAAGGACAUUUAACUUUGUUAUGGAUGCAAAUUCUAUUGUGUUGAUAUUACGUAACUUUAUAUUUUUAUUUGCAAGGGAUGGGACAAUUUUUUUUAUAUUUAUGGUAUCAGUAGUGAAAUUGAUAGAAAAUUUAAUAAUUUAAAAAGAGUUAUCAUCCCUUGUCUUCGAACCAAUGAUAUUAAAAAGUGCACAAUGAAGAUUUGG